CAAGAAAAGUAUCUCCUUCACCGUUGCCCAGCUCUUUGUACCCCACUGAAGGAAGUCCCCCUCCCAGGCCAAAAGCCCCUGCCACCCCAAUCACUGCUCUCCUUUCGCUCUCUCUGGCAUGUAGAAGACAGCAGCAGCAGUAGCAACAGCUGAGGAAACCCAGGACGUGCCAAACCCAGGGAUUUGGAUUUAUCCAAAACCAGUCUUUUCUGGGAUUUUUGUUAAAACUUUCAUUUAACUUUAUUUUCUUCCUAAAGGAUUCUGUUGUCUUAGGCUGUGAAGAUGCCCAUGUCUGGUACUCCUGCUCCUCCAAACAAGAGGAAAAAGCCCUCUAAAAUCAUCACUGACUUGGCCAACAUUACACAAGAUGAGGUGACGGAAACAGAGGCCACAGAAUUUGACCUGGGGACCAAAAUUAAGACCCCAAAAGAGGUGAUGCUAGAGGAGCUGUCUCUUAUGAAGGGUAAGGGCUCCAAGAUGUUCAGGAUGAGGCAGCAGAGAGUGGAUAAGUUCAUCAUCAGCAAUGAGAACCUGCAAAAUCUUCAGGACCUGGUUCCUUCUCUAGGCUGUGAAGUGAUGACUCCUCCAGCUCAAGCCCCAGAGCCACCAAAAGAUGAAGUUGAUCCUGAGGCAGAGAAGCAGAAGAGGAGGUGUGAAUAUGUGAAAACAUAUGUAUCGCCAUGGGAGCGCGCAAUGAAGGACAAUGAGGAACUCAAGGCCACCAUGAAGCCACAAAUGCCAGGGCCUCAUGUGCACAAGGACCUGCCCAAAUAUAAGAGUUUCAAUAGGACAGCUCUGCCCUUUGGUGGACUUGACAAGGCUUCUCGCAUGCUGACCUUUGAUAUCCCAGAGGUCAAGGCCCCUGAGGAGCCAGAGCCAGUGCCUGUGUUCCAGUACAAUAUCAACUCUAGACCUUCCUUCAACCGCAUGCCCAUUGGCUGGGUGUGUAAUGAGGAGCCCAGCAACAUCCACAUGGACCUGGACGCUAUCCCCUUCGACGGAGAGACGGACGAACUCUGAGGACCCUGUUAUCCUGCUAUAGCACAGGCAUACUUACAUUCUCCACAAUAAACACACACAGUAGUGUGAUGCUCACAUUCACAUACAAGUACAUAGAUAUACAUGUGAACAUGCAUCAUGUAUAUGUGCAAAUAUAUAUAAGCACCUGCUCUGUCUCUAAGGAGCUGGUGCAUUCACAUAUCAACCAGAGGAGGAACUGUUAUGGAUAUGCAUGUAUUUGCAUGGAAUGCAGAGGAGCCCAGGCGAGAUCCCACUUGGCCUAUUACAUUUUCGUUCUUUCCUGUGCCAUUUGCUGUUUUCACGGAUGGAAGCCCAUCACAGCAUAUUACACAUAGCUGUUUUUAUGUUUGCAAGAUAUUAUGCCUCAUUUGCUGUAAUGAAACCUCCUCCUGACAACCAUGGCCUAUACAUGACGAGGGGGCUAGACAGAUUGCACGUUAUGUCUAUUUAGCAGUGCAAGGAACCUUCAUUCAUUACUGUGGAAUGAUCU